CGCAAUCUGAACAUAUCGAUGGACCUGGCGGGCAAACAAGAUCGAUAUGAACAGACUCAACACGACCUCGGUAUCAUUGGCUGUGACGCCAACAGUAGUGACGACCUUAUUUGCACACUACCUUAACAAAAAGAGCUUGAAAGAACACCCGACCACGCAUCUGUCGUACGAUGAGGGAUUGCAUCUAAUUCGGUCGUUCCUCGAUUACGCCUCCCACCACACCGUUGAAGAGAUCCAGGGAUUCACGGGUCAAUGGGUUCCGCAUCCGCAAUGGGUCAAGCUUGAGACUGUUACAAUUCCCGACGAGCACCUCGGCCGAGCAGCAGAAUUGAUCGAGGAAGAGCUGGGACUCGAUGGCAUCCGUCAAGUUGGCGGCAGGAAGUGGUGGCACUGGCGAGGGCCGAAAGGCCCCAUGGAGGCCGAGUGGAUUGAGAUGCGAUCAGACGCUAAUGAGCGGAAGAAGAACAACGAACCGCUGCGUCGUGUUAUGCUCUACGUGCAUGGAGGCGCUUAUUACUUCGGGAGCGUCGACGAGCACCGAUAUCAGAUGCAACGCCACGCGAGAAAGCUAAAGGCUAGAGUCCUUGCCCCGCGUUACAGGCUGUCUCCUCAAUAUCCAUUCCCGUGUGGCCUUCAGGAUUGUAUAGCGACUUACCUGUAUCUCCUGUCGAUCCAAGACCCCACCACGAUCAUACUGGCUGGAGACUCGGCAGGUGGAGGCAUGGUUUUGACUAUGCUAUGCCUUAUUCGAGAUCAAGGCAUUCCGCUGCCCGCUGGAGGCAUCCUCAUUAGUCCAUGGGGUGAUUUGACUCACUCAUUCCCCAGUGUUGCUGGUGAUGCGCCGCUAGACUACAUACCGCAAUCGGGCUUCCACCAUAAGCCAUCGAAGGCUUGGCCACCACCAAACGAUGACGACGAGAAGAUGAUUAGAGCGGAGGUAGAAAAGCGAAAGAAGAGCAAUACAAAGAAGAAUGCGCCGCCUACCGCUGAGCUAGAGCAGAAACAGCAGGCUCCCGUGGCCCCGCUGAGCGAUGGAGAUGUUAAUGUUCAAAUUGACAGCGGCGGUAUCCAUACUGAGACGGAAAAGUUUCUGACUGUUACAAUUGAUGGAGAACUGGUGACUAUGAAGGACCAGAUUCAGAUGUAUACCAAAAAUUCACUUCUGGCACAUCCGUUGGUGAGCCCCGUCAUGCAACCGACGCUGGGCGGGCUACCGCCUCUGCUGAUUACGGUUGGUGGCGGCGAGAUCCUCCGUGAUGAGCAGAUCUAUCUGGCUCAUAAGUGUGCUAACCCGGCAAAAUAUGCACCCGCGGACGAGGUCUUGACGGAGCGUGGAAGAGAGUUACUUGCCAGAUACAAGCCUACCUAUGUACAGCUUCAAGUAUGGGACGACCUGUGCCACGUUGCCCCGACCCUGAGCUUUACUAGCCCUGCCAAGUACAUGUAUAGAUCAAUUGCGCAGUUCGGUGCUUGGGCCUUGGCACGUGCACAGAACAGAGACAUUGAGAUUAUGGAUGACGAUGACAUAUCCGUUAUUACUAGCUCUGGCUCUGAUACGGAAGCUGGGCGAGACGAAUCAGAAGGGAGCCAAGAAAGGCAGCCAAAGAAUGAUACGAUGCCUGCUGAAGUUGGAAGGGCAGGAGACCCCCUCCCGCCGUUUAAGAACCACAUGAUUCGGCAGCGGAUAGCUCGCAAUGGCACCAUUUUGCCUCUCCCUCUCGAAGAAGAGCUCCCCGGCUGUACAAUGAAGCCUAGCGAGAUUGGAGUUAUCAAACAAGGCCCCGUUAGAAAGUGGCUAGAAACUAAACACCAGUACGAUAACAGAUAUGCCAGUGCAAAAGCCAAAGUACACAAAAAGCUCAUCAAAGAGAUGAUUGCUGGAUAUAAAGACUUUGGCGUCGAUGAAAAUCCGCCUCCAAGUGCCUUGGCGGGACGAAUACCUAAAGAUGCUGAGCUGCCUACAGGCAAGAGAAGGAAGAGCUUUGGUUUGGCGAUAUGGUCGCUUUGGGGAUCAAAACACGACGAGCAGACAGUGGAAAGAGAGCAGAGAGCCAACCAUGAGCCUGAGAUGGUAGCUGUUACUCCCAAUGAGACCAAUGGCGCGUCGCAUUCUGAGAAACCGGGACAUAGCCGAAGACCCUCUCGUCAACGGAUUGUACGGGAUGAGCAUCAAACCAGCAAUGAAGAGGUCAACGAGGAAACUCCCGUAGCGCAGUUGAUCGCUAAGCGCCGAGAGCAGGAGGCUUCUCAUGAUGGCCUUCUCAGCCCGGAAUACUCCCCCGAGACUGGCGUGGCUGGCAAGAGACCAUUCCUUGACGGGAUUGCUUUGCCGUUCAGCAUAAAGAAUGAUGCGGAAACGGCGAGCAUGAUUACACUGAACUCCGCAAUGACUCCUGGCUCGCGAGCUAUGAGCCCAGAGCCAGGAAUGGAAUUUGCUAGCAUCGGCCCAAAAGGGGACUUUGUCGAUGAGAAAUCUCCAGCUACAGCUAAUGGAUUGGUUGGCGAGAAUGAAAAUGAGAAGGCUGAGGUGCAGCGUCCUGGAAUGGAGACUUUUGUUACGGCGCCAGAAGACUUACCGCAAGUCAAGAUAGAGAUGUGAGUUUUAGAAGAGAUGGGCAUUUGAUAAUUCAGCAAGAGUUGGAAAGACUAGAGAGGAAGGAAAAGAGAGCAAGCAAGCAUGUGACUAGCGAUACCAAUCCACGUAUAUAGUGGCGCCUUUAUUUAAUUUGAAAUUGAAAUUUUUACUUCUUUUUGUA